UUAAAAAGAAAGUUAUCCAGUAAAUUGUGGAUUAACCGGGAUACGGGUCAUGUAAGCACCCGAAAACAAACAAUAUCUCAAAACCUGCGAGUCGGAAACAGCCAGCCGCAGUCAAAAGCUCCAAAAAUAUAGCCGUCAUCAACAAUGGACUGCAUUCUCCAUUUCUCUCCGAAAACCACUUCACUACUGUCUUCCUUGUCCUACUCCUCCAACUCCUACUUGGCCCCAGGUCCUCGGUCCUUUCUGGGCUUGGUUUGCAGAAAUAUGCUCGGGCGAGAGGUGGUUUGCGCUGCCAAAACCCAGGUUGGUGAUGUCUCGGCCAUGGAGCCCAAACCCAAGGAGAACAAACUCUGGGGUGGCCGUUUCCAGGAAAGCGUCACCGACGCCGUCGAGAGGUUCACGGAGUCCAUCUCCUUUGAUAAGGCCUUGUAUAAGCAUGAUAUCAUGGGGAGUAGGGCCCACGCUUCUAUGCUCGCCAAACAGGGAUUGAUGAGCAUCAGUGAUAAGGACAGUAUUCUUGAAGGGCUUGAUGAGAUAGAGAGGCGCAUUGAAAAUGGUGAGUUUGUGUGGAGAACUGAUAGAGAGGAUGUGCACAUGAACAUUGAAGCAGCCCUUACUGAUAUGAUUGGUGAACCUGCAAAGAAACUUCACACUGCUCGAAGUCGAAACGAUCAAGUCUUAACUGAUUUCCGCCUGUGGUGUCGAGAUGCAAUUGAUUCGAUUAUUAAACGAAUCAAGUAUCUUCAGGUUGCACUGGUGACUUUGGCUUUGGAGAAUAAAGGCCUUAUUGUUCCUGGUUAUACACAUUUACAAAGGGCACAGCCUGUUCUUUUGCAACAUCUCCUCUUAGCAUAUGUUGAGCAGCUUGAACGUGAUGCUGGUCGUUUACUAGAUUGCAGAGCCAGGUUGAAUUUCUGCCCUUUAGGUGCUUGUGCAUUAGCUGGCACUGGCCUGCCAAUUGAUCGGUUUAUGACUUCCGAGGCUUUAGGAUUCACUGCUCCUAUGAGUAACAGUAUUGAUGCGGUGUCAGACCGAGAUUUUGUUUUGGAGUUUCUUUCUGCUAAUUCUAUCACGGCAAUUCAUCUUUCUCGACUUGGGGAAGAAUGGGUUUUGUGGGCUUCAGAAGAGUUCGGAUUUAUUACACCAAGUGACUCUGUUUCUACUGGAAGUAGUAUCAUGCCUCAGAAGAAAAACCCAGAUCCUAUGGAGCUUGUUCGUGGAAAGUCUGCUAGAGUAGUAGGAGACCUUGUUACACUUCUCACACUAUGCAAAGGACUACCUCUUGCUUACAAUCGUGAUUUGCAGGAAGAUAAGGAACCUGUGUUUGACAGCGUAAAGACAAUAUUGGGGAUGCUUGAAGUGUCAGCUGAGUUUGCACAGAACAUUACUUUUAAUCAGGAGAGAAUAAAAAAUGCUUUACCAGCUGGUCAUCUUGAUGCUACAACACUUGCUGAUUAUCUUGUGAAGAAGGGAGUGCCCUUCAGAACUUCUCAUGAUAUAGUUGGAAGGUCUGUUGCCUUGUGUGUCUCAAAGAAUUGCCAGCUUAAGGACUUGAGUAUGGAUGAGAUGAGAAGUAUAGAUCCAGUGUUUGAUACAGAUGUAUAUGAAUUUCUUGGAGUCGAAAAUGCCGUAGAGAAAUUCUGCUCAUAUGGUUCAACUGGAUCAGCAUGUGUCGCAGAUCAACUUAGCUACUGGAUGGCUAAACUUGAAAUCAGCUAAAGCCUAAUUAACGAAUAUCCCAGCAAUAUUCAUUGCUGAUUGUGGUAACAAUUGAAAACACCUAUGUUAAAGACCUUGAAAUGGUGCUGCAAUAGCAUCGAUGGAUCUUAAAAACACAAGCACUAGAACUUAGCUAAAGAUCUGAAAAGGAGCAAUUUUUUUUCGUCCGGAAGUGCUUCUGAUUUUUAAGUUUCUGUCAACAUUAGACUGAUUUUGAUUCAGUUUAAAUUAGUUUGAAAAUUCAAAAUUUUAAUGAGCAUUGCUGUAGAAUAGCAGAGUGGUAGUGUAUGUAUUUUGUAGAACUACUGGGGACAGUUACUUUUUGAAUCAAUAUAAGGUGUUUAUGAAA